AUGUGGUGCAUCUCAAGACGACUAAUGUGCGGUGCUGCAACAACAACAACAACAGCAGCGGCAGGAGGAGGCGGAGUGGCAUCCUCUAGUACAUCUUCUAGUGCCGUUACUGGUAGUUCCUCUUUUUCUUUUUCGAAGCGACUUAAAGAGUUGGAGAGUGAUCCCGAGUGUCCACUGAGCGGUCCGGAGUAUAAAUUAUUACUGGAGAAGUUACAGCAUUAUCGAAGCCUGCAAAAUGUGUACGCUGUAAAACAAGACGACAUUGAGCGUGCUAGGCGUGCUGCGCAUUAUAGUGGUUUGGAGUUCACAGCUAAAAAACCGAGAAUCCCAACCAAGAAUGAAAGCAACUUAAAUGAGUAA